AAAACACAUAACACAAAAUACUUCAAUUCUAUAUAUAUUUAUUUUUUUUUUAAAAAAAACCAAGUACAAGUUAAGUCCUAUCUGUUCAAUUAGAUCUGCUUCCAGACAAUUAUUUUAGAAUUGCCAAUUUACCAAUCAUAUCAAACCUCUGAGCUAUAAUAAUGCAAAGACAAUAUGAAGGAUGAGCUGCUCCUUAUUUUUUUGCUUAGAGAAGGACAGGAAUUCAUCCUUAAGAGUUACUCUGAGCUUGAAAAGUUCUGCCAAGCAGUCAAUAUGUUAUGGCUUCCGUUAUAUAAUAAUAAACCUGCCCCAAGAUCUACCCAAGACAGGCCAAUGUCAACAACUAUUUGGCUUGUUCAGAAUUUGUAGGCAAUCAGGCUAAUAGGAACGGUAGAAAUCAUGUAUAGUAUAGUUUUCAAAAAUAACAUGGAGACUUUAUGCAAAAGCAAACCUGAAUCCCCACUGCUUGAAGAUUAAUGAAACCCCAAUUACUACUAUGUUACUGUCAAUGCUCACUUGUUACCAGGGGAAAUAAUCACAUGCCCACUAGAUGUUUGAAACAAAUAGCAGCCUCCUCAAUUCUGGUCAUUUUAGUGGGGCUUUUGUAAGCCAAAAUACCUGGAGAGCACCUGAUUUACUGUCUCCACUGGAUCACAAAUCAGUGAUUUCCCUUUUCUAGACAGAAAAGUCCAGACAAUAAGUGAAGCUCCUAUUUAUCAUAUUGCAUAAUCAGCAGGUUUCCCUUGACAUUGCUUUGCUUUAGGGCUUUUUCUUGUUGACUUGUCGAAACCGUUACAGCUAUGCUCUGUAUUUAUCAUAUAAGCUGCAAGCACUGCUUUUUCCCACUUAACCUUUAGAGUAAGACAAAUAAUUACGGUAUUGUGAAGAAACAACUAGAAAAGAUAACAGGCUACAAGCAGCAGGUAUAUCAAAUUCAGCCACGUAUGUAUGUAUGUAUGUAUGUAUGUAUGUAUGUAUGUAUGUAUGUAUAUGUAUGUUACUUUAUAUAUAUUUCUCACAAUGAUUACUUAGAGGAACUUCUAUCUUGCUGUGUAACUCUGGGGUUCUGAGACUGAUUGGCAAUAUAAAAGACCUUAAUUCUGCCUUUUACUUAUGGUGAAGCUUAUUAUAUAAACUUAUUUUUUCCUAUACUGUAGCGAAAAGAGUUUCUAAAAAUAAAAUUUUUAGAUUUUACGAUGGGCCGUAAUAGCUCAGGCUGGUAAGAAGCCUGUUAUUAGAACACAGCAGCCUGCAAUUACUGCAGGUUCAAGCCCGGCCCAAGGUUGACUCAGCCUUCCAUCCUUUAUAAGGUAGGUAAAAUGAGGACCCAGAUUGUUGGUGGGGCAAUAAGUUGACUUUGUAAAUAUACAAAUAGAAUGAGACUAUUGCCUUAUACACUGUAAGCCGCCCUGAGUCUUUGGAGAAGGGCGGGAUAUAAAUGUAAAUUAAAAAAAAAUUGGGACAAUCCCCGCCAAUCCCUUUAAAAUAUUUUUUCUAAUCUUCAAGCCUGGGAUCUGGAAAUCUUUAUGUGCUUAAAACCAAGGUUUUACAUGCCUUUUCUCUAUAAUCUUUUUUGCUUUUGUUAAGCAAAGUAUUUUCUCCAAUGCAGAUUCAUUAAACAAAGUAGCUCUUUAUAUUCUGGUAGAUGGUACUAAGACAAGGAACAGGAAGCACUGCUGCAUACGGAGCACCAGAGACUGACUUCUGGUUAAUAAAAUAACCAAUGCAAUUUUCGAUGAGGAACAGCGACAUUUACACUCAAAAUAACUUGUGUUUUUACAACUCCUGCUGCCAUGGAAGCAUCUUAAACGUUUCCUUUAUCAACAACUACAGCCUUGGCUGGGGAGCCAUCAGACAGUAACACAGGUUUACAGCAACAGAAAAGAAACAAGCAGACAAAAGGUGACGGCAAAUCUCAUCAUGGCAUCAGCCGCUCUCCAGUUUUUUGCUUUUGUCCUAGCCUUGUUUGGUGUUUUUGGAGCGAUCGCAGCCACCCUGUUGCCCAACUGGAAGGUGAAUGCAGACACGGGCUCAAACAUAAUCACGGCCAUCACUCAGAUGCAAGGGCUCUGGAUGGACUGCACAUGGUACAGCACUGGGAUGUUCAGCUGCACGCUGAAAUAUUCAAUCCUGUCUCUCCCUGUUUACAUCCAGGCAGCAAGGACCACCAUGAUUCUGUCCUGCAUCCUCUCCAUUUUUGGGAUCUGCAUCGCCACAGUGGGGAUGAAGUGCACCCUUCUAGGAGGGGACAGAGAGACCAAAAACCACACGUCAGUUGCCGGAGGAGUCUUCUUUAUUUUGGCAGGAAUAUCUGGCUUGAUACCAACAGCCUGGUACACGAAAGAGAUUAUUUCAAAAUUUCUGGACCCAACAAUCCCAGAAAGCAGUAAGCAUGAACCAGGAGGAGCAGUUUACGUUGGAUUUAUUUCGGCUGGACUUUUGCUUGCUGCAGGUGCUAUCUUUGGCACUUCCUGUUUUAAGAAACAACAGAGAGCAGGGAUUUAUCCUAACAAGCAGCAGAACCUGCAUCCAGCUGCCCGGCAAGUGGACACAGGCUACAGCCUGAAGGACUAUGUGUAAAUAUGGUGGCGGACCCAUCUAUCAAGGUUGUUUAUGUAGUCUGAUUUUAUAACAAUGCGGUUGAUGCAAGCCUUAUAAUUGCAUUGGGGGAGGUGUUUAUUUAUUAAAAAAAGAAAAAGAUGCUAAGAAUUUAAAAUAACUAACCAACCAUUUAUUACUGAUACUGAUUUGCAUCUGGAUUAUACUGAGAAUCGGGGGGGGGGGGUUUAUAAAUAUAAAUCAGUUACAAUAGUUCCUAUCUGUCACAUGCCACAUUUAGUAUCACCAAGUGUCUUAUUUGAAUAAUGACACCAGCUGAACUGAUUCUGCCUUACUGAGGAUUUGUGUGUGUUGUUUUUAAAUGUUAGCUGCAUUUCUCAAUGUCAGUUUUCAAUGACUAUGAUAAAUGGUACAGCUCCAGAUUUCUUUGAAAGAAUAACAGUUAUCCCAACAUAUUUGAGGAUUAGCUGUCCUCAAGACUCCAUGCCCCACAAUAACCUGAACUCAUUCUGCUUUCUUUGGAAAAUGUCUACUUAGUACUUUGCCAUUAAUUUUAAGUGUCAGACACAGCAGAACUACAAGAGGUACUUAUUUAUAUUUACAGGAUAUUUUUUUUAAAUCUCCUUUUUUCCCCCAAGCUUGAUUUCUGCCAGUCUUAAUACUGGUAAUCAGCUAAACAUAAUUAAGUAAAUUCUUUCAGUUGUCAGUAAUUAGUAAAUACUUCAGCAGUAUUUAAAGAUGUAUGUCAUCUAUAUUAUCUAUACUUUAUGCAAACUAUUUACAAAGCAAUCUUUAAUCAGAAUCCAAAGAUUUUGGCUAUUUGCCACUCAGAGAUUUAGCAGGCAAUAGUUUUAUAACUAUUUUGCCAGCAUUAGUCUUGCUUCCUUGAAUCUUUUUCUUGUGUCCAUCUACAAAAAUGAAGAUUGGUCACAAAGUAACCACUCAUUUCCAUUCAAGAGGAGAGAUAAAAUUUGAACAUGUUGGCAUAUAGCACAAUAUAAAGAGCAAAGUUUGGAUCAAAAGCUUGAAAUACAAUUUGAGCUACCUGUAGAUUUCUAUAAUUCAUAUUUUAUAACAUUAGCAACAUUAAAUCAUUCCACCAAAAGAUUAGUUUUUUGUUUCUUACAUAAGAAUUACAGCAUGAAUUUUUAGUUAGAAAAAUAAAAGGAUGUGUAGAGGUUUCUAAAAUUAUACAUAAUAUGAUAAAAACUGAGAUGUAGUUUUUUCCCUUAUCAAAAACCAGAAUCAUGGUUGGUUUGUUUUUUAAAUGAAGAAAUUUUCCCACAAAUCAAAAAGAAAAAAGUGCAAAAAAAUAAAAAAGGAAUUAAAAUUAAUAAAAUUAUAAGUGACUUCAGAUCUUCUUUCAAUAGAUAAUUACAAUCUUAUUAUCCCUCCUCCCUCAAGUCCCGUCAGUCCCUCAUUUAAUCCACAUCUUUAAUAAUUGUCAAAUCUAUAAGACAUUAUGCUUCCCCCCCCUCAAGAGUCAUGAGUAAUAUAGCAAAGCUGAAAAGUGGGGAAAGGGGGCUGGGAGUAAAGAUUCGGGAUAGAUAAAACACAUUGCUAAAUUUUAAAGAUGUAGUGGGUAAAUUGUUGUUUUUAAAAAGACUCAUCUCACUGCAGGGACAGUAAGAUUAUUAAGUAUUAGUAGCCAUGGGAGUUACCCAUUAUCUCCAGUAACAGAGGCAAUAAACCUCUCCAUGCUGCUAGGGAGCCACACUGAGUUUUGCCACUACCUUAUCCGUGAAAUCAGCACAAGGAUUCUGAUUAAUUUGUAAACCUUUGUAAAGUGUAAAACACAAACUCAAAAUAUAUAACCUAUGUUGGCUAGUGUAGCACUUCAGUUUGCAAAACAUUAUUAUAUAUUUUAUUAAAAUAUAUAUACAUAUGAUCUUUGUCCCUAAAGGAGCAUUUUAAGGUAUAUAAAUGCUGAUUCAUUUAAUCACAAACAUCUGCUUGUGCCAAUUCUGAGACAUAUGCAGAAGUAACUUUAAAGCAAAAACAAAACUUCAGCUUUGAAGAGAAGCAGCCCUAAACCAGGAAAACUUUAUAGCAGCAAUAUAACUGCAAUUCAACAACAAAUAUCAAUAUGUUAUUAUUUUCAUGAUAUGCGAUAAGACCCAAAUAAAUUGAUGUAGUAGACUGGUAGAGGACAUUCUGAAAGCUAACAGUGAUGAGCAAUCUGGGAGCAACUUUACCAGUAUACCAUCUUGGAAGUAAGUGUUUCACUAUAGCAACUGUUUCAAAAUAAGGCCCCAUGAUAGCCAUUUUGUAAAAGUACCCAUGAAAAGCUAUCUUGAUUCCCAAUGUCUGUGCAUUCCCGCCACAGUACAUGAUAGCCAAUGAAUAUCAUCAUUUUCUUAUAUACAAAAAUCAUUUUCUUAUGAAAAUGAUUGCAAACAGUUCAGAAAUGCUGCAUUUGGGAAACUAGGAAUUCAUAGCUAGCAUCUUAACAAAUAUAGAUUAAUAAUCUAGUUAUAUUUUGUGUGCCACCCAUUUUAUUUCUGGAAAUACCAUUAAUCAUGUUUGAAAAAAAACAUAUUAAGAACCCUGUUCAAAUAUUUUAACAUAAGUGGCAAUCUAAUUCUCUGACAAAAAAAAGUUAAAGUAUUCUGUCAAAUUCAGACAAAUUCCAAGAAAAAAGACACCAGUAAGAUCAAAACAAAAUAAAUAAAUACUGCUUGCAUAGAAAUAGAGUAACAGUUCUUAAGAAAAAAGAGUACUCUCUCUGCAGACAUACUGUGUAUUAUCACCACACCAAUUUAACGUGAAGAAAGCAUUAAAAAACAGAACAGAUAACAGUACUUAUAGGGACUACAAGAUUGUAAAAAGGGAGGUUUUAUAUCAGUAAUCAUAAGGUGAGUUUGGCGCUAGCCCAAUUCUUUUUUCUCUCCCCAAGAAAAGCAAUUGGCAAAAAUUGGUGUGCAUUGCCAACCCAAACAAAGAACAUUAAUCAAUAAACCAGGACAAUUAAUUUCAGACCUAGUCUAUUCCAUUUUCUUCUGCCUUACAGAUGAAAGUUAACAAUCAAUCAUUGGCUUGGAACACAUGAAAGCCGGAAUGUUUCUUACAGGAGACAUUCAAAUAUAGGAGCAGGAAUCUGUGGUCCCGCAGAUGUUGUUAAAGUUCUCACCAGACUAGUCAACAUCGCCAAUGAUGAAAGACACUGUCAAGACAUCAGUAGGCCAUCUCACCAUUCAGCUCAAUGUCAUCUGCUAUUCUAACCCUCUACUCAGCAGCAAGAUUGCAGUACCUACCCAAUCUCGAUCUAAACACAGUAGGUCCAGACCUGGUUAAUAUUGGGAAAAUUGGGAAACAUUUGGGAAAUUAGCUGCAGAUGUUUGAAGAAAUACCCUGAAAUAAGGCAAUUUUUUUUGUUUGUUUACAUUUAUACCCCGCCCUUCUCUGAAGACUCAGGGCGGCUUACAAUGUAUAAGGCAAUAGUCUCAUUCUAUUUGUAUAUUUUUUUACAAAGUCAACUUUUUUUACAAAGUAUUGCCCCCCCAACAAUCUGGGUCCUCAUUUUACCUACCUUAUAAAGGGUGGAAGGCUGAGUCAACCUUGGGCCGGGCUCGAACCUGCAGUAAUUGCAGGCUCUGUGUUCUAAUAACAGGCUUCUCUACUGCCUGAGCUAUCCCGGCCCCUAAUCACCAAUCUCCUCAAAACAAAAGGUAAUAUUAAACCCAAACCCAAACCAUCCUUACCACUAGAGUGGUCAUGACAGGCCAUUUCCAUAUUGUUGCCAAGGAAUUUGACAAUUCUGAUAUCUGCCCUAUUUAUUCCAAAAGUACACAGUACUUUUGUACUGUAUACUUUUAAGGUAGUAGCCACUUUCAAGGCUAUUUAUUUGUAUGCCAUCCCUUCCCAAAGGUUUUAGGAGGUUAACAAUUUCAAGAUUUCUUCAAGAUUUCAUAGAUAGACAAGAGAAAGAAUGACAAAGUAAAAAAAAUGAAAUUAAGAGAUAUACAAGUUAUGUGCCUGCAAAUUCCACCUCCAAUCAUAGCAUACUCUCCUCCUGUGAAAAGAGGAAUACGUAAGCCCUUUACACCUUGCCUAAAACCAAGAUGGAACAAUGCUGGCCAAAUUUCUGGAAGGAGGGAGUUCCAUAGAAUAGGCGUAACUACAGAAAAUACCCACUUUGGAGGGCAGACCAGAUGCCCAUCUCACAGAGGUAGGACCUGGAAGGAGUUAACCUUAUUUGAUCUAGUUGGAUGGGCAGACCCUCAAGUCUUGAGUUACACUGGGCCUUUACAAUGACAAUCAGCAGCAAGAAUCAUACUUGGAAACUGUCUAGCAACCAAUGCAGCCACCAAACAAACAGUGCCUAGUCCACUGCAUUUUAAACCAGCUGUAGCUUCUGAAUGCUCAUUAAGGGCAACUCCAAGUCCUGGGGAAGUACUCCCAUUGAGCCCAUUUAUUUCAUUUUGCCUUAAUGUGAGAUGGAAACCUAGCUACUAUAGUAUGCAUUUAUUCAAUAAACCAUGGCAUAAACAAAUUAUGACUUAUGCAAAAGAAGAACACAAUUAUCAUCAGCAAUUUCUAAAUUGCAAUAAGGAUGCAAUAAAGAGGAGACAUAUGUAACAUUACACGCAAACAAAAACUAUCUCUAUUUUGGAUAUUAGAGGGAAUAUAAUAGGACUGGGUUUUGGAACUGGUUCAGGAAAACCUUAGAAAACA